AGCAGAGAUCGCGUCGUUACGUCCUCGCCAUUUUCUUUCACCGGGAGUAAAGAACCUGAAAAAGCUCCGGGGAUUUUAUUUACCUUUUAUUACCUGGAGCUCCUUCAUCACGGCGGAUCCGCAUCGUGCAGGCUAGAUCAGCGUGAUGUCUGGAGACAUGGCCACAGAUCAGGUGAACGGGAACGGAAGCGUUUCUGAGGAGCCGAUGGACACCACCGAGGUGACCCGCUCCGAACACUUCCCAGCUCUUCUGGAGGCUGGUUUACCUCAAAAUGUUGCUGAGAAGCUGGAUGAACUUUAUGUAGCAGGCCUGGUAGCCCACAGUGAUCUGGACGAGCGGGCGAUCGAAGCUUUGAAAGAGUUCAACGAGGACGGAGCCCUGCAGGUGCUCGCGCAGUUCAAAGAGAGCGACCUGUCACACGUGCAAAACAAAAGUGCCUUCCUGUGCGGCGUGAUGAAGACGUACCGGCAGCGGGAGAAACAAGGCACUAAAGUUACAGAUUCCACUAAAGGACCCGACGAGGCCAAAAUCAAGGAGCUGCUGGACCGUACCAACUACACACUGGACGUCACAACGGGGCAGCGCAAGUACGGAGGACCCCCGCCGGAGUCCGUGUAUUCAGGAGCCCAACCCAACGCGGGAACAGAGGUACGAUUUCAGAGGAAGUCCCACUGUCAGGCGGAGGUUUAAACUGAGCGAGUGGUCACUUUA